AUGAAAUUUAAAGUGCAAGUCGAAGAAUUCAUCUUUUACAUCAACGUAGGACAAGGAUUGAAUGAUUUCGCAUGGUUUGCCCUUGCUGCUGCUAAACUCUACUCCAACAAAAAGAAUCCUGAUUCCAAUUACCUUCCCUGCUAUUUGCAAUUCAGAGUCCCUGGAACUGACAUGUUUCUAACUCCUCCCCCACGUGCCAAAAUCUUCGACUACCUCAAAGAAGAUGAAGAAGGCAAAGAAACCCUAGUGCAAGUGGAAAUAAGAAAAGGUUAAGGGUGGAUUAUGACUGACCAAUAAGAAAGUAUUUAUCAAUGCCACUAUAUUAGAAUGGUAUGAUGAAGCCUUUGGAAAGAUGAGAAAUCAGUUCACUGCCACCUUUUAGUUGGCUCCAUUAAAUUAGAAGGUCGUCAAUCGCCAAGAACCAACAUAUCUCAUCCAAUAUGAGUAUAAAAUGUUCCCUGAAGUCAUGCAUGAAUUCGAUACCAAAAAUUAUCCCAGCAAGGACAAGAUCAUCAUGAAAGAAAUCAAGUUCGUUUAUAUUAUUAUUCAAUCCCUAGGGCUGGAGAUAAUUUCAAAAAGUAUUUUGCAGAAAUCACAUUGCCACUUGGCUAAUUCACAUUCUAAUUCUAUGGAUAGACCAUCACUGAAAAAGAAGGUUAAGAACCACAACAAUCCAUCUUUGCAUUGGAUAUGAAAAACUUCGAUCAUACUGCCAGACUCAAUCCUGUUCCUAUUUCCUAAUAGGAAAUCCAAAAGAAAAUUAUGGAGUAUGCUUUACAAAAAGAGAAAGAACUCCAACAGUAGCAAAUCCAAAAGAGAGAGGAUAGUUAAAAAAAUAAAUAAUCUGCAGCAGAGGAGUGUCCAUAUAAAUUUGAGAAGUUAUGGACAAUCAUUUAAAAAAAUGCUGAGGGCAAUCUUGAACUCAAGGAUCUUGUAUAAUAUAUUUAGUUUAUCAAAAGGAAGAAAACUUUUACAAUAAGAUUGCUGCAUACAUGGAUGACAAAUUGCCACUCCUUUACGAAGUAUUUCGUCAAUAUGCUAUUCUCUACAACACGGAUCAUGCAAAAAAAGAUGAAAUUAGCAUUUCAUUCUAAGAUGUGAUGCAUUUCCUAAAAUUUGUAUUCAAUCUCAAUUUAAAUGUAGUAUGGAUUAGUACAGGAUAGUUAGGAACUAUUUUCAUUUGUUGAAACGUAUGAUAAAUAGGGCACUAAAUCGAAGGAUGUCAGAAAAAGCUUGGAAUUAUCUGUUAAGUUCUAAGAGUUCUUCGUGAUCAUCGUAGAAUUGGCACAAUUUAAAAAAACUAACAAUCUAAGUGAAGUAGAAUGUACAUGAUAUCGAAUUAUAUUAUUUCAGCCUAAGAUUAACUGGUCAUGAAGAUUGUGGAUAAAAUAAUAGAAAUUAAUUCUGAUGAGAAAGAGUUUAAUAAUUUCUAGUAGCAUAUGAAGUACAAUGAAAUAUUGGUCAAUUUUAUUCGGGUAAGUUGAAAGUUUAACAUUUAGGAAAUUUAAGAUUAAAUGCAGAAUAUAUUCAUUAAAAGAUUUAGCCAAGGCAAUGAUGACAAUUCUGACAUCAAAUUCCACAUCAGGUAGGAGGAAAUCAAAUAAUUAAUCCAAGAUUCUGGGUAUAAGGGAGACAAUCUAGACGGAAUCAUCAAGACUGCAUAUAAAGAAUUGUUUCAUGAUGAGAAAUUUAAUGGAUUCGAAGGCUUAUUCUAUUAUGAGUUCAUCUAAGUGAUGCAAUGGCUUGCCUUGGUGCUUAUCUAGAAUGAUGAGCGCAAUCAAUAGGAUGAAGCUGAAGAAGUAACUACCUUGGAUUAGUUACAAGAACAAUUAAGAUAUUUCAUUUAAUGUAUUGAAAAGUGA